AUGGCAGCUCAAGUCGACUUGCUCCGUGCCAAAGUAGAAGAAGGAAAUGUGAGGAUUGACAGUCUGGAUAGAUUCAUUAGAGAGAAGAAAAAGAAGAAGAGAAGGGACCUGUCGCCGUCCGCUGACAAACGGGAUAAGUGUGUGAAAGAAGCGAAGAAAGUGAAGCUCCAUCAGCACCCAAACCAGCAACACGCUGAGCCCCGGACCCAGCAGCCGCAUCAGCUGCAGCAAAAUCCGAAACCCCACAAGUUCAGCGCAGAUAAACAUGUCCUGCACAGCCGCCACCACCACCACCACCACCACCACCACAACAACAACAACCGCAGUCUUACCAAUGGUACAAAGAACCUGCAGCCGACUUUGCCUCCUCCUCCUUCUCCUCCGCGGAAGGUACCGGAGCAGCUGCAGAAGAAGCGAGCGGUGCUCCCCGAACCACCUGCGCUCUUCACUUUCACGCCUCUCAAAAUGGUCAAGGCCAAGCCCCAGGAAUUCAAAGAAAAGCACCGGGAUAAAGACCUGAAACUGAAGCUCAAGAAGGAAAACACCGAGGCGAACGUCAAACACGCAGAACUGAAGAAAAGCAAGGAGCCAAGGCCCCACAAUGAGAAUGGCAAGUCUCUAACACUGGAGGACUAUCUCCUGAAGAAGAAAAAGAAGAAGAAGAAGCACCGUGAGGACGAGCACAGUGGCAAGAAGGUCCGAUACAUGCGCAACAAAGCCGUUCAGACUGUGUGUGCAGGGCUCGGAGCAGAUCUCAAUCUGCCCGUUUGCCCUGAUCCAUCUCUGUCCGGCACCGUGAAGCACGAAAGCGACUGCCAGCCUGGCAGAGACUCUAUCGAGAACCACCAACCCUACCUCCACGCUCUCAAACUGGGACACGUCCCCUUCCUGUCCCACCAAGACCACUACAUCCGCAGCUCCUGCCUCCAGACAGGCACCUGGUGCGGACGCUUCAUGCACGAGGAAAGGCAAGCCAAUGGCGGGGGAUCCGUUCUGCAUGCCUAUGCUGACGAGAUAGCUUGUCUCAGCCCGGCUGAGAUGGAGUGCUUUGCCCAGGAGUUUCUGGAGUUGGCCUUUGCGGAGAAGCCUCGAGGUGCAGCCUCGUAUGCCUUGGCAGUGGUGCACAGAGCAGCCGCCUUCCUGCCCGACUUCCUGGACUACUUUGCCUUCAACUUCCCAAACACACCAGUCAAAAUGGAGAUACUGGGCAAGAAAGACAUUGAGACUACCACCAUUGCCAACUUUCACUCUCAGGUGAGCCGGACUUACUGUUCAGGAACCUACCGGUCCGGACCCAUGAGGCAGAUCAGCUUGGUGGGAGCUGUGGAUGAGGAAGUUGGAGACUUUUUCCCAGAGUUCCUCGACAUGCUGGAGGAGUCACCCUUUCUCAAGAUGACCCUACCGUGGGGAAGCCUCUCCAGUCUGAAGCUGGACUGUCGCUCUCAGAGUGACGAUGGGCCCAUCAUGUGGGUGCGACCGGGGGAACAAAUGGUACCCACCGCUGACAUGCCCAAGUCUCCAUUCAAAAGACGCAGGUCUAUGAAUGAGAUCAAAAACCUCCACUACUUGCCGAGGGCCAGUGAACCCAGAGAGGUUCUGUUUGAGGACCGGACUAAGGCCCAUGCUGACCAUGUAGGCCAGAGCUUUGACUGGCAGAGCACUGCUGCUGUGGGGGUUCUGAAGGCGGUGCACUUUGGAGAAUGGAAUAACCGACCUCGGAUAACCAAAGACGUGGUGUGUUUCCAGGCGGGGGACUUCAAUGAAGUUGUCCAGAGGCUGCAGCUGGAUCUGUAUGAGCCCCCAGUGUCUCAGUGUGUCCAGUGGGUAGACGAUGCCAAGCUCAACCAGCUGAGGAGAGAAGGCAUCCGCUACGUCCGUGUCCAGCUGUGUGACGACGACAUUUACUUCAUCCCACGGAACGUCAUCCACCAGUUCAAGACGGUGUCUGCAGUCUGCAGCCUGGCCUGGCACAUCCGCCUCAAACAGUACCAUCCGGAGGGGAAGGCCAGGGAGGAGGAGGAGCAGCGGCCCAGUGAUCUCAGCCCCACCUCAGGGCAAUUCUCCUUCUCCUCCCCUGCCAGGCCCGACGCCACCGUAACCCCCUGUGCCCGGCCACAGGGAGACAGCACCCAAGGGGGCGUGGCCAAGACUGAAGAGCCAGAGUUCCAGAGGCCAGCAACACCUCCCCAGGAGCCUCAGCCGGCCCCUCCGCAGCCCACCAAAUCUGCUCACUUGCCCCCAAGACACCAGAACCCCCCCCUUUCCUUUGAACCAGUCCACUCUGGAUGUACACCUUCAAAAGAGCCCACCCUUCCGAAAGCUUUCGGCCACACAGCGGGUUUCCCGAAAUGACCUUUAAAUGUUGAUAAAAUGUUCCCAUAUGUUUUUCAGCCAAAGGGACUUAAUGGGACAAUGUAACACAAAUUGUUUUUUGUUUUUUUUGAUAGCACCUGAACUCUCUACUGUCUCAUUGAAAAGGUGUGUAUCGUGUAAAGAAACUAUUCAUUUUAGACUGAUAAUAUGAGUUGCCACACUAAAGCUUGAUUUAUGGUUCUGCGUUGAAUCUAUGCUGUAGGCACGGUACGUAGGUACGUGUAGAUACGGACCCUACGCCCUACCCUGACGCGCACCUCCCCGGAAAUGUAACUACACGUUGCGGCGACGCAGGCCACAACAACCGUGAUUGGUCCGCUUGGACGUGGCUUGGUAGCGUUGCAUUUCCCCCUACCCAUUUCCGGACUCUCCUUCUCCAUAAACGACAUGAAAUCGAGGAGGAGGGUUAACUUUUCCUGCUUCAGCUUUCCGACCGUGGUCAGAAAAGCACAGAGGAGACACUCUGUUUCUCCGUCUCCACCGCUGGAGUCGGUACUCACUCCGAAGCUAAUCCCUGUCACUCUCUCUCUCGCUCUACCACACACUCCCCACGCACACACACACACACACACACACACACACACACACCGGCUCUGCUAUUCUAUUAAAGAGAUACACUAUAACGACGCAGACACUCUAGCGCACAGGUUAUAUACCCUCACAGGAGCGUAACUAUAAAUCAAGCUUUACCGUAAGAGACCCAUUCUUAAUGUAUUUUCAAGGCUCCGCUGUUUCUUUAGUUUUGACACAAUUAUUUCAUGGAAGAUUGAAGUCUGUGGCAGUUGGUUGUUUACAUAUAUAAUAUAUGAUUACUCUGGAAGCAUGAUAUUUACUGUUUUAUUCAUUUCAGUGACAGGGGCAUAUAGACUAACCUUACCCAGAAGAUACAGUCGACUUAGUUUCAUAGAUUGAGGACAUUGUCUUUUGUCCGUAAAGCUGGGCCUUUGUCAUUUAAAAAAAAAAGCUCCAAAUUAAUAUUGAAUUUCCUGGAUUGGUUACAGCCAGA